AUGUGGGGCCACGGCCGUGGCUGCUGCCGCAGCGGAUACACGGCUUUCGCAUUAAGUCGCGGCGCUCAGUUCGCGCUGAGUAACGUCUUGGCUCAUCCACCUUGGCGGACAGGCUGGCGCAAACGUCAGGGUGCACCGGGCGCAGCCGCGGCGGCCGCACACUCAGCCGCAAAUCAAGUAGGUAGUGUAGCUGGUGUUGAAGUGGGCGCUGACGCAAAUCAAGUAGGUAGUGUAGCUGGUGUUGAAGUGGGCGCUGACGCAAAUCAAGUAGGUAGUGUAGCUGGUGUUGAAGUGGGCGCUGACGCAAAUCAAGUAGGUAGUGUAGCUGGUGUUGAAGUGGGCGCUGACGCAAAUCAAGUAGGUAGUGUAGCUGGUGUUGAAGUGGGCGCUGACGCAAAUCAAGUAGGUAGUGUAGCUGGUGUUGAAGUGGGCGCUGACGCAAAUCAAGUAGGUAGUGUAGCUGGUGUUGAAGUGGGCGCUGACGCAAAUCAAGUAGGUAGUGUAGCUGGUGUUGAAGUGGGCGCUGACGCAAAUCAAGUAGGUAGUGUAGCUGGUGUUGAAGUGGGCGCUGACGCAAAUCAAGUAGGUAGUGUAGCUGGUGUUGAAGUGGGCGCUGACGCAAAUCAAGUAGGUAGUGUAGCUGGUGUUGAAGUGGGCGCUGACGCAAAUCAAGUAGGUAGUGUAGCUGGUGUUGAAGUGGGCGCUGACGCAAAUCAAGUAGGUAGUGUAGCUGGUGUUGAAGUGGGCGCUGACGCAAAUCAAGUAGGUAGUGUAGCUGGUGUUGAAGUGGGCGCUGACGCAAAUCAAGUAGGUAGUGUAGCUGGUGUUGAAGUGGGCGCUGACGCAAAUCAAGUAGGUAGUGUAGCUGGUGUUGAAGUGGGCGCUGACGCAAAUCAAGUAGGUAGUGUAGCUGGUGUUGAAGUGGGCGCUGACGCAAAUCAAGUAGGUAGUGUAGCUGGUGUUGAAGUGGGCGCUGACGCAAAUCAAGUAGGUAGUGUAGCUGGUGUUGAAGUGGGCGCUGACGCAAAUCAAGUAGGUAGUGUAGCUGGUGUUGAAGUGGGCGCUGACGCAAAUCAAGUAGGUAGUGUAGCUGGUGUUGAAGUGGGCGCUGACGCAAAUCAAGUAGGUAGUGUAGCUGGUGUUGAAGUGGGCGCUGACGCGGAAUAUUCAGGGAACGCGUGA